AAGCUAGACUGUGGCCGUCUGGAAACCGCGAAUCUUCUUAAACUCCGAUUUUCAAAAAGUCCACCUGCUUUCGGCAUCUCCGAUUCCUUCUCAGCUACACCGCCACAUAAAAUCCGAAGACUCGAAUCAGCCAUCACUCUGCUUUCCCUCCCCGUUCGUUGCGCCUCCAAACGCGCCGCUGAAUCUUCGGGAAGCUCAGAACUAUGGCAAUGGCUGGACUGUACCGUCGGAUCCUCCCAUCUCCUCCCGCGAUCGAUUUUGCUUCUUCCGAAGGAAAGCAAAUUUUUCUUGAGGCGCUUCAAAAUGGAACCAUGGAAGGUUUCUAUAAGUUGAUAUCGUCCUUCCAGACGCAGUCUGAGCCUGCCUACUGCGGUCUGGCAAGCCUUUCUAUGGUCUUGAAUGCACUUGCAAUUGAUCCUGGGAGGAAAUGGAAAGGUAACAGCAGCAAUAGGUUCUUGAUUGCAGCUCUGUGUGAGUUUGGUCUCAAGUAUGAAUUGCGUCAGGCUAGAGUCUUGGUUCAGACAGGGACUGGUCAUUUUUCACCUAUUGGUGGUUAUCAUGCUGGAAGGGACAUGGCUUUGAUUUUGGAUGUUGCACGAUUUAAGUAUCCUCCACACUGGGUUCCACUAAGUCUUCUCUGGGAAGCCAUGAAUGCAAUUGACGUGACAACUGGACAUCAUAGAGGGUUCAUACUCUUAUCACGGCCUCGUACAGAGCCAGGACUGCUUUAUACCCUUAGCUGUAAGCAAGAGAGUUGGAGUGGCUUCGCCAAGUAUCUAAUUGAUGAAGUUCCUGUGCUCUUGAAGUCUGACGAUUUGGAAGAUAUUGACAAGCUACUUCAAGUCGUCUUAGUGUCCUUACCAUCACAUUUUGGCGAUUUCAUCAAGUGGAUUGCUGAAGUUCGAAGACAAGAGGAUGGUGGUGAGAACAUAAGCCAAGAGGAGAAAGGACGACUAGCCAUGAAGGUUGAAUGGUUCUCUGUGGCAUACCAACUGGAGAUGCUGAGAUCGGAGAUUUUUAUCCGAUUAGGCCUGAAUGCCAAGCUGAUGUUCCCAAGACCCGUUUUAGGCCUCGCGCUGGGAAAACCCUUAGCGCAAGAAGAUGGCAUGCUGCAUUUUCUGAAGAUGGUCAUCUGGAUAUUGCCAAGGUCCUUAGAAGGAUACAACGAGGGGGCAAAUGAUAUAGUUUGUGAAAUUGUAGGUUUGGAUGUUGUUCGCACAGAUCAAUCACUUGAGUUUUAUCAGAAUGAAGUUAAUUCUGCCAAGCUUUGGGAUAUACUAGCAGUGUAUUCUUGGGUUGAUAUGGACAUUGGUUACAUGCAAGAAGAUUUAGAUGGAGGUGAAUAUUUGUUUGCGUUUCGAAUGCUGAUGGUGCUCUUCCGGAGGGAAUUUUCCUUCGUAGACUCGUUGUAUCUUUGGGAGCUGAUGUGGGCUAUGGAGUACAACCCAAAUAUCUUUACCAUGUAUGAAGAGUCCAAAGAGGCUGAUGAAGAAGAGGAGAAAGAGGUAGCAGCACCUGCAUCAAAUAACAAGCAACAACUACAACAAUAUGGCAAGUUUGAAAGGAAGUAUGUGCAGACUGGCAUUACAGACCAACAUAGCGCACUUUCUAUCUUUCUAGUGGCAAGCAUUCUCGAGGCUAAGAACAAGAAGAUCUUGAAAGAAGCUAAAGGGCUGGAUGAUGUUGUCCAGAUAUUGGGCGAUGCUACAGGAAAUUUGGAUGCUAAGAAGGUAUGUCAAGAGGCCUUGAAGAUACACAAAAAGUACUUGAGCCAGGCCAAGAAGUGAUAAAAGAUGGAAUAUUACUGCAGAGCACUAGCUAAAACUUUGGAAGGCAAGGAAGUGAAGAUUGGGUACUCCACCAAAUGUUACAAAUAGUAUCAUGGUGUUUGCUUUGGAUUUGGAGGAUUCCUCAUAAAAAGCUUUUAGGUAUAAGGGGGAGUGUCAUUUCCAUCUAUUGGAUGGAGCUAUUUCAUUUUAUUUCCACUCAACUAUGUUUCACUUUUUCCAGUAUAUAUGUCAUUUUCCCUGUUGUUGUAACCUAAACAAAGUAAAUACAUGUUGUAUCAAAUUAGAACAAAAAAUCUUGACAAAUUUGCUGCUCUAUUCCUAAUUCUUUUUGGUGGUCAAAACUAAGGGCUCAACCAAUGUUAGGUAUCAUUAUCAAGGCAAUAGUAGCCUCUUGGAAUAUUCCUCUAGAAUUUGGCCAACUCUUAACCACUAACUAUUAUCUCUUUUGUGACGUAUACAUAAUACUCG